AUGGCUUUUGCAGAACACGAAACAGCUAUCUUACAAUUUAAUGAUACGGCCUGUCAAACAAUCGUAAAUGGGGAGAAAUGUAAACAACAACACUGUGUCCACGCAAAUGACACAAAUAUUUGUGAAAUGGGCGAUGAUGAAAAGUUUUUCAAAACCCGUUAUUGUGGUGCCUGCCGCAUGGCAUUAUAUCAUUACCUACAGCAACAGACCGAAAACAAAAAAGAAAUAUUGAAGAAAAAAGCCCUCGAAACAGGUACCGAUUAUUUUAUAGCUACGGGUUAUUACAAUGGAAAUGGUCUAUGGCAAUACGAGCAUGUGAAUACCGACACAACCUUUUGGUGGCGUGCCGAACCAACUACCGACGAUAUCAUUCGAGAAUGCGGUGAAAAAUGGCUUGCUACAAAAACAAACUCACCACAAACUAUGAAAUGUCAUCAAACAUUGAUGGAGAAUUUUCUUACAUAG